GGGCUGGCUCUAUGGUGCGUAUGAGGAAGUGACUUAGUGCUCUGACAUUUAAAACUGAGUCACAAUCACAGUUCUGCUAAAGCAUUGUUUCUCCUGAAGGACUUGGUCUGCUUCUAUCCUGCAGGCAACAUGCACCUCCUGAUAUCCUUCUCUGUCUGCCUUCUCCUGGCUGUGACUGCCGUGGCUCAAAAACCUCAUCCUUGCAAAUCCCCCCCUUUAAUGGUUGGACGCUUGAGCUUGAUUUACCCCAGAGGGCAGCUGUUUGUGUAUGAAAGAUUUUCCUAUGAUGGUUUGGGGCAGAGGAUAAGGGUCUGGGCACAAGGAACGAACCAUAACCAAUCAUUCUACGAAGAUGUCCUGAUGCUAUUCCGAAAGGGUGUGGUGUAUAACAUAUCCUACAGAAACCAAACCUGCAAGAAGAGGGCCCUGAAAGUGCGCUUUCAGCCAAUGGAAGUCCCCCAUAAUGCCACGCUCCAGGCCCAGAUCAUCAUUGGAAGCUCCUCUGGUCCUGGACAGGGGCUGCUGGUCAAUAAUUGGGUGGGAGAAAUUCCUGAAAAGCAAGCAAAUUACUACAUGACGUUCACGGAGUUUGGGUGCCUUCCCGUCUCGACCCUGUACACCAGUGAGCAGUACGGCUGGAUUUUCACAAGUUUCUUCAACCUCGUGAUCGGGAUUGAGGACCCUCAGGACUUCAUUCCUCCCGAUUUCUGUGACACGACAAAGCCAGUGGACGAGGGAGAAGAGGUGGUGACUGACUUCUUUGAAGCCCUUCUAAGAAAGGAUGAUCAAUUUCUCCUGAAGGACUUGGUCUGCUUCUAUCCUGAAGGCAACAUGCACCUCCUGAUAUCCUUCUCUGUCUGCCUUCUCCUGGCUGUGACUGCCGUGGCUCAAAAACCUCAUCCUUGCAAGUCUCCACCUCUUAUGGUUGGACGUGCCAGCGUGAUGUAUCCCAAAGGGCAGCUGUUUAUUUACGAGAGAUUUAGCUAUGACGCUUGGGGGCAGAGGAUAAGAGUCAGAGCACAAGGGGUAGACCAUGACCACCCAUUCCAUGAAGAUGUCCUGAUGCUCUUCCGAGAGCGCGUGAUGUAUGAAAUAUCCUACCGGAACCACACCUGUAAGAAGAGGGCCCUGAAAGUGCGCUUUCAGCCUUCAGAAAUCCCCCAAAAUGCCACGCUCCAGGCCCAGGUCAUCAUUGGAAGCUCCUCUCGUCCCGGACAGGGGCUGCUGGUCAAUAAUUGGAUUGGAGAUAUUCCUGAACAGCAGGCAAAGUACUCCAUGACGUUCACUGAGUUUGGGUGCCUUCCAAUCACGAGUCUGUACCACACUGAUCAGACCGGCUGGAUUCUUUCAAGUUUCUUCGACCUCGUGGUCGGGAUUGAGGACCCUCAGGAAUUCAUUCCUCCCAAAUUCUGUGACAAAACAAAGCCAGUGGACGAGGGAGAAGAAGUGGUGACUGACUUCUUUGAAGCUCUUCUAAAAAAGGAUGACCACUAAGAGAAAACUACGGCCUAAAUUAAAGUGCCUCUACAUGUUUUUAACAAUCGUUUCAAAGUCAAUAUAUUGCACUGAAUAAGUGCUGCCUUGCACAUUUGAUUAAUAAGAGAAUUUAAUUCUUUGUUGAUUAUUUUAAUCUUGACAAAAAUGAUGGAGACUAUUGAUUAUUAUUAAUAAUGAUAAAAACUUGCACUUUCUGCAGUCUAAUGAAUAUAAGACAACUUAUAACACAUGAUA